AAUACUCGCCAUUCAUUCAUUACUUCUUACCAAAUUUAUCGGCAAAAUCACUCACUCCUUCUAACGUUCAUUUUUUAUGUCGGUAUAAUUCAUAAUAUAGCCAAACUCUAUUAUCGUCGCAUGCAUAGUGUUGUAACAAAGAUCUUUUUCUUAUUUCCAAAUAUUUGUUUAAUCCAUUACUCUUUCUUCUUUUUCUUCUUCAUCUUCUUCUUCUUCCACUGUGCACUCUACAACACUCUGACCAAACCUUUCUUUCAAUGUCAUUGUCUAACUUCGCAAUUUGAACUUCUCAGUCCAGAUUUUCCACCAUGUUGGAUGGACUACUUGGCAAAACCUUCUCCGCCAAAUGUAAACCGUUAAUCAAAAUGACCAAAAAUCGUGUUGAAGUCAUUAAGAGAAAGAGAAAAGCCACAGAGAAGUUUCUUAAGAAAGAUAUUGCUGAUCUUCUUCACAGUGGUCUAGAUAUCAAUGCCUAUGGAAGGGCUGAAGGACUCUUGGUUGAGUUGAUUUUGUCAUCUUGUUAUGGUUUUGUGGAGAAAUCAUGUGAGCUUGUAUUGAAGCAUUUAUCAGUGAUGCAGAAGUUAAGUGGCUGCCCUGAGGAAUGUAGGGUGGCGGUAUCAUCUUUGAUGUUUGCUGCUGCAAGAUUUUCCGAUUUACCAGAAUUACGCGACCUUAGGCAAAUAUUUCAGGAGAGAUAUGGGAGUUCCGUAGAGUGUUUUGUCAAUCAAGAGUUUGCUGCAAAUUUGAAUUCAAAGUCUUCUACAUUAGAGAAGAAAGUCUGCUUGAUGCAGGAAAUUGCAUCAGAGUUUUCAAUCAACUGGGACUCCAAGGCUUUCGAAAUAAGGAUGUCAAGACCCUCUGCAUUUGCACAGGGCCAGAGUGCUAGUAUCUGUAACAAUUUGUUUGAUUAUGAUAAAUCAUCAGUCAGCAAGGAUUUUUGCCAGAAAGAUGCAAAGAAUGAUGUUAUAUUGGAGAAUGGCAAGGAAGCUGUUAUCCUAAAGGACCUAAACAGAGAUUAUCAUGAGCUUCAAUAUAAAUCCACAUUCCCUGGAAAUGGAUUCAAGCCAUUAAAUGGUCGUGAAGUCCUUGGGAAAAAGGAUGGCCAUGAUAAUUCAUUAACAGGAAAGCAAGAGGUUACUACUACAAAGAGUGAUAGAAGCUAUUGGAAGGAGGGUAAUAUGCUAAAACCAAUUGGACGUUCAUUUCAGGACAAAACAUUGGAAAAAUUUGAAGAUGGUUUCAAGCUGCAUGACAGUUUGGGGAAUAUGACCCCUCCAAGAAAAAGCCAGGACACUGCAACUUCUACUCGAAUAGGAUCACGUUUCAGGAGUAAUGUGAAGGAGCCAUGCGCUGGCCCACCUGAUACUGAUAAAUCCGAGAGAAAAGUUCAACAUGAUGAAACGCCUAUGCUAAAGCCUUGCUUUAGUAAUGUUAUUCCACCUCCAUAUGUUAAACAUGUUUCUAAGAAUCAGAACAGAACAUGUGGAGUCAAUGUAGUAUCUCCACAUACCGACAGUGAUGGCUUCUUUACAUGUCCUUCAGUUCACGAAAACUCUGAUGCUGCUUCUAUGUCAGAGAGGACCCAAAUUGGUUUGAAUAAGUCUGACCUGGAUUGGCAGGCCAGUAGACACGAGAGACUGAGCAAACACAGUCCUAAAAAGGAACUCUAUUUUCGUGAGGAUUCUAAAGAAAUCCCCAAGUUAAAAGCAAAAUCUACAAGGAGAAAGCACUCAAGAUCACGAACUAGUCACUAUGAUGCCCCUAAUGUAGAUACUGAACUUGUGAGAAAAGCAAGGAGCAGAAGCAGGAGACGAAGUGAAUCAAGACGUGGUCUGCGAAAUUUGUUUGUUGAUGAGCAGCAUCAAAAUGCUGAAGAGGAAAGGGUAAUAGAUAAAUUACUGAUUCAUUAUAGCAAAAAACCAUCUAUUCUAAAGCCUGAAAUAGUAAGAAAGAAGUCAAACAGUCACCAUGAACAUAAAAUGGAUAAUUCAACUCGGGAACUACUACAGAAUGGAGAUGGAGAUGGAUCUGAUGAGACACCAGAAAUAGUUACCCUUCCCCUACGAUCAGUUUCCCUUCCUCGUGAACAAACUAGAGUAAUAGAAGCUAAGAAAGAUUUUGUUCGCGCUGCUUCAUUUCAGCCAGAUAGAUCGUAUGAAACUCGACAUGUUCAUCCCAAGUUACCUGACUGUGAUGAUUUAGCAACUAGGCUUGCCGCUUUGAAAGGAAGAUAAGGCUAAGGACAGAAACACAGUGAAUGAAUGCUCUUCCCUAAUCAGCACAAUUGCAUUUAUUAUGAAUUAUGAUUAUCACACAUCAAUCUAAUAUACACCUGGUGGUGCUGUUAUUGCAAAAUGUUUACUUCUUUGGAUAUGUACCAAGUAAUAAUAGGGUGUGGUCCUAUCUGUUGGUUGACAAUCUGCCACUACUAUAGGAUGCAAGCAAUCUCCAUUCAUUUUUUCCUUCCACGAUUGUAAAAGUAGCUGUAAGUUAUAACAAAAGUUGACAUUUUUCUUACUUUCUUUAGGUUGAGACUGAAAGGAUAUUGGGAUAGACGCUAUUGUUUCAUAGCUUUUGCUCGUCUCGUAUCCCCUCCUCCUCCCUUUGUACAAUGUUAUUAGCAUAUUUAAACAUAUAUUAUUUUAUAGUUGUUGUAUUUGUAUAAUUUGUCAACGUAAUAAUGUCA